AUGGAAUCACUGAAGACAAGGUCUCUCUGGUUCCUCGCUGCCUUCCUCUUCCUGUCAGCUGUUCUCACAGUGGCUGAGGUGGUAAAGGAGGUGUCAGACUGUGACCAGUUUCUCCUUAAGAAAACUCCACCAGAGCUCCCAGGCAUCUUGGAGGGUGGGAAAAUCCAGGACCAGAACCGCUACAAACCCAUUUGCCAGACUUACAAUAAUAAGAGAAGGUUUCUGACCCUCUACGACACCAAGAACAGGAUUCCAGUGUUUUCUGCUUACAAAUACAGAGGGAAGGGAGAAAGUAAGAGACCUCCAAACAACUGGAGGAUAGAGCCAGAGCUUGAGAAUGAAGAUGACAAGAACAUGAUACUUGGAGAAAGAAACAAAACCUACAACAACCAGGCUGGAGACAUUGAUUACAGAAACAAUGGACGGUUCGACAGGGGCCAUUUAUUUCCAAGCUCUCAUGCGUUCAACAAAACAGAUAAAAUGUCCACCUUCACCCUGACCAAUAUCGUUCCACAGGUAAGCUCAUUCAAUCAGGGAAGCUGGAACAAAAUGGAGAACUGCAUCAGAUGCAUAAUGGACAAAUACUGUAUCAACAACAAUGGUGCUAUUGAAGGCUUUGUGGUGACUGGAGCACAACCCAGCACCAAAAACAUCCUCAAGAACAAGAUUAAUAUUCCCUCCAUGCUCUGGUCUGCAUUCUGCUGCUACAGCGUCAACAUGCAGGAGUGGAUUGCGAGUGCGCACUGGAGCAAGAAUAUUCAACCUAAAAACAAAUAUCUGCAGACCAAGACUCUGGAAGAACUCCAUCAAGAACUGAGAUCAGCCGACUCUGAAUUUAAAGUGUUUCCUGGAACUCAUUGUCCUCUCCGCACAACUGUUACUGAGUUUUACCCAAAAAUAAAUGACUGUCACUGUUCACCCUCUGUUUUAACCACUUCUUCUACUAUCACUUCAACAUCUGGCCCACUCACUCCAACGUCUGGCCCACUCACCUCAACAUCUGCCACUGUGGGAACAGUGGACAGGAAGAGGAAGGCAGCAAGGAACCAGAGAGACCUUAUCUUCAGUGACACCAUCUUCAAACACUGUAUCAUUUGA